AUGGCACUCCCUACAAAAUGUACAAAUGAAGGCUUUGAUCCAAAUGCUUACAAGUUAUUUGUCAAGGCUGGGUACAACCCUAAUGAGCCGUCAAAGUUAGGGAAACUUCCAUCAGGAGCUAUCAUGAUGCAAUCACGUGAAGGUUUGGGAUACAAACAACCUCUGCCAGUUCGCAUAUCCAUAAGAAGGGCAAGUAUCAACUAUGUCACUGUGGAAGAUGAGUCUGUUGCUUCCAACAAAAGGCCUUCAGUGUUUGAUCGUCUUGGAAAGUUGGCCACAAAAGCUUCUGUUUUUGAGAGAUUAGGGCCGUUAAAACUGAAGAAGAAAAGGAAGAACAAGUUCCACAGAGAUUAUCAAAGCGUGAAAGCGCUUGCUUUGCCUGGAACCCAGAGGGAUAUACAGAGUUUGAUUCCUUCUAGAAUGAGACGACAAACAAAGCUUGUGGUUUCAUGUGGAAAGGUGCUAAAAGAAAAGUCUCACACUGUAGUGUAUACCAAGGAGCGUGACGAAGAUGAGGAGAGUGUAGAUUCUUCAUAUCAUAUUACUGCACAAAGUGAUCAAGAUACUUCAUUUCAGAUAGAGGUUGCCGAGAAGUUGGAGGACAUCUCCUCGUGUUACCACAUAUCUUUCAAUGAUGGAGAUCCUCGAGAGGAUGAAGAUGCCAGAGAUGCUCCUCCAGAACUUGAAGAAGGGGUGAAGACCACAGUAGACUCUUUGAAAGAAGUUAAUCUUGGUACUGAUGAAGACCCAAGGCCCACCUACCUAAGUGCUUUUCUAACAGGUGAUGAGGAAGACACUUACAUGGAAAUACUCAAAGAAUAUAGGGAUGUUUUUGCUUGGAGUUAUAAAGAUAUGCCUGGAUUAGAUCCCAAAGUAGCAGUCCAUCAUCUGGCGGUCAAGAAUGGUGCCCGUCCUGUUAAGCAGGCCCAAAGGUAUUUCAGACCAGAUUUGGUUCCUUCAAUCGAAAAUGAAGUCAACAAACUCAUUGAAGCUGGAUUUAUUCGUGAAGUUAAAUAUCCUACAUGGAUUUCGAGUAUCGUUCCCGUAAAAAAGAAGACUGGCCAAAUUCGAGUUUGUGUUGACUUCAGGGAUCUUAACAACGCAUGCCCUAAAGAUGAUUUCCCGCUUCCCAUCCUAGAAUUGAUGAUUGAUGCUACCACUGGUUACGAGGCGAUGUCUUUCAUGGAUGGUUCAUCCGGCUAUAACCAAAUUCGCAUGGCACCAAAAGAUGAAGAGCUUACUGCAUUUCGUACACCCAAGGGUAUUUAUUGUUACAAAGUGAUGCCUUUUGGUUUAAAAAAUGCUGGUGCCACAUAUCAAAGGGCUAUGCAGAAUAUCUUUGAUGAUUUUCUCCACAAAAAUGUUGAAUGUUAUGUGGAUGACUUGGUGGUAAAAUCAAGAAAGAGGAGCGACCACUUGCCAGACCUGAGAAUGGUGUUCGAGCGACUUCGGAGAUAUCAACUUCGAAUGAAUCCAUUGAAAUGUGCCUUUGGAGUUACUUCUGGAAAAUUCCUUGGUUUCAUUGUUCGACAUCGAGGAAUCGAAAUUGAUCAAGCCAAAGUUGAUGCGAUUUUGAAAAUGCCCGAGCCUCGAAAUAUUCAUGAGUUAAAAAGUCUGCAAGGGAAGCUAGCUUAUAUUAGGAGAUUCAUUUCGAAUUUAGCUGGGAGGUGCCAACCAUUCAGUCGUCUCAUGAAGAAGGGCGCCCCUUUCAAGUGGGACGAAGCAUGUACUAAUGUCUUCGAGAAUAUCAAGUCAUAUUUAAUGAAGCCUCCAGUUCUAGUAGCCCCUGUACCUGGAAAACCAUUGAUACUGUACAUUUCAGCACAAGAAAGGUCAGUUGGAGCGUUGUUGGCCCAAGAGAAUAGCGAAGGGAAAGAAAAUUCUCUUUACUACUUGAGCAGAAUGAUGACACCUAAUGAGCUGAAUUACACGCCAAUUGAAAAGUUGUGUUUGGCACUAGUCUUCUCGAUUCAAAAGCUGAAGCACUACUUUCAAGCUCAUAGUGUUAACCUCAUUUCCAGAGCAAAUCCCAUCAAGUUUGUGAUGUCAAAACCAGUCCUCAGUGAUCGACUAGCAAGGUGGUACCUCCAGUUUCAACAACUUGAAAUUACAUACAUCCCUCAAAAGGCUGUAAAAGGACAUGCAUUGGCAGACUUCCUAGCAGAUCACCCGAUACCUGAUGACUGGGAGCUAACCGAUGAACUUCCCGACGAAGAUGCAAUGGUCGUUGAAAUUCAACCUCCGUGGAAAAUGUACUUUGAUGGUGCUGCACAUCGUGAUGGAGCUGGUGCUGGUGUGGUGUUUGUUACUCCACAGGGAGAAGUUCUACCAUACUCCUUUACUUUGACACAACGUUGCUCCAACAAUGUCGUUGAAUAUCAAGCACUAAUACUUGGACUUGAAAUGGCCGUCGACAUGAAGCAGUUGCAGUUGCAAGUCUUUGGUGACUCUCAGUUGCAUGUUCUUAGGAGGGAAAAUAAGAAAGCCGAUGCUUUAGCUGCUCUAGCUUCAACACUAACUCUGCCAGAUCAAAUUCAAGUGACUAUCUGCCAAAAAUGGGUAGUACCUCCACCAAAUGAGGACGAAGGCGCGGAAAGUGAGCUUGAGCAUCUCGUAGCUGUUUCUGAAGCUGCAAACGAAGACUGGAGACAACCCAUCAUUGAUUACCUAAAUUAUGGGAUACUGCCAGAAGACUCAAAAAGAAGAACUGAGAUUCAUCGUCGUGCACCUCGAUUCCUUUACUACAAGGAUACCUUAUAUAGAAGAUCUUUUGAGGGGAUACUCUUGCGAUGUUUGGGGGAGGAUGAAGCAGUCCAAGCUUUGCAAGAAGCACAUUCAGGAGUUUGUGGAUCACAUCAAUUUGGACCAAAGCUCCACUUCCACAUAAAAAGGAUGGGACAUUAUUGGCCAACGAUGGUGAAAGAUUGCUUGGACUAUGCUUGA